AUGGCAAAUAAACAGCCGUUGAAGACCACGUUUGACGUAAAUCAUGUCAUACGACCCAUAUUCACAGGAGGAUCAGUAGCUAUCGACAAUAGCGCACGAAUUCUAGCCACAGUUCUCGGCGAGGAUGCAGUUCUCACGGAUCCUACAAACGGGAAGCAUUUGGCUCAAAUUGAGGGUGAUGGAGAGCUCAUUUCCACAUUAACUUUAACGCCCUCUGGGUCUCACCUUAUCAUAUGCUCUCGCUCUUUGUCUAUGAGAAUAUACACCUUGAGACUAUCGCAAGAAGACGGGACUAUUGAUGCUACACUUACAAGGACAGUGAAGGCGCACGCUACUCCAGUCGUCGUUCUGGCAGUUGAUCGGACCAGCACGCUGUUGGCCACUGGAGGAACCGAUGGAGCUGUCAAAGUUUGGGAUAUCGUCGGUGGCUUUGUUACACACACUUUCCGUGGUUCCUCUGUUUUGGUAUCAGCGCUCCUGUUCUUCGAGGCUGCCGCUCGUUCGAACGACACUGAGUCCCGAAAGGGCAAGAAAUCCAGGCGCCAGGAAGAGUCCGACGAAGAAGAGGACUCGAGCACGAUCAAUUUCAGGCUGUCAUGCGGCCAACAAGAUGGAAAGGUCCGCGUAUGGGACUUGCACAAGCGUAGUUGUGUAGCCAACUUGGACUCGCACGUCUCGGAUGUCCAAGGUCUUGACUACUCCCCGGAACAAAACGCUCUUGUUACCGCAGGCAGAGAUAAGACCAUAACCUGGUGGGACGCUAGAUCCUGGAAGAUCCGCAAAGUUGUCCCUUGCCUCGAGCUGGUUGAAGCGGCUGGUUUUAUUGACAAUGGAAGCCUGACUUAUUCCGCUGGUGCCAAUGGUUCUCUUCGCAUCUGGGAUACGGAUAUGGGCAAGGAAAUCACUCCCCAACAACCUGCGAAGAGUGAAGAAGAAGGUAUUGUGUCUGGUGUUUACCGCCCUGGUCUCCCGUUUAUUCUUCUUGUCCAGGUUGACCACACUCUCGCACUAUAUAAACCUCCUCGAAAAGCAGACACUGCUUCCUUCCCCGAGCCAGAACCCUUCCGAAGGAUAUCAGGCACACACGACGACAUCAUCGAUCUGGGAUAUCUGCUUCCGGACCGCUCGAUGGUCGCUUUGGCCACAAACUCGGAGGAUAUCAGGAUUGUCUCGGUCACCGAGACUCAGAAUGAAGAAGCCGACUGGGAUUCGAAUUCAAACCUUUACUUUGGUCAAGAUGUUGCUCUGCUGAAAGGUCACAAUGAAAUUGUCAUCUCGUUGGAUAUCGACUGGUCAGGUCACUGGAUUGCGACCGGAGCGAAAGACAACACUGCUCGUCUUUGGCGUGUUGAUCCUGCAAACAACUCCUAUAUCUGCUGGGCUGUUUUCUCCGGUCAUGCUGAAUCGUUGGGUGCUGUUGCGCUGCCCAAGGGGGUACCUCCAGAGUCCUCACCAGCUCGAUCAGACCCCCUUAACCAUCCUCCUGCAUUCCUUAUUACAGGGUCUCAAGAUCAGACCGUCAAGAAAUGGGAUAUCCCCCGCACAGCUCAGCAGAAGGGUCAAAAAGGUGGUUCUCGCGCCAUCUUCACUCGCAAGGCUCACGAAAAAGACAUCAACGCCAUUAACGUUCACCACUCAGGCCAACUUUUUGCCUCCGCAUCUCAAGACAAAACUGUCAAGAUUUGGUCGGCGGAGGAGGGUGAAGUUCAGGGCAUCUUGCGUGGUCAUAAGCGUGGUGUCUGGACAGUUCAAUUCUCUCCUGCCAAUAUGCCGGCGAUUCAAGGCGAGGAUGGACCUGUUACUGGAAAGGGUGCUAUCCUCACUGGCAGUGGUGACAAGACCAUCAAGCUUUGGAAUCUUGCCAGCUAUACUUGCGUGAGGACCUUCGAGGGCCAUUCUAACAGUGUCUUGAAAGUUGCAUGGUUGAACAUGCCCGCUAGCCAAGAACAGUCCAAGAAGCGAGUCCAGUUCACUAGCGCCGGUGGUGAUGGCCUUGUGAAGGUUUGGGAUGCCAACUCAGGCGAGGCUGACUGCACACUUGAUAACCAUGAGGACCGUGUCUGGGCUGUGGCUGUUCACCCCGAUGACAACACUAUUGUGUCCGGAAGUGGUGACUCAACUGUCACUUUCUGGAAGGACACAUCGUCCGAGACUCAAGCUGCCGCGUCCCAGGCUGCUCUCAAACUGAUCGAGCAGGAACAGGAGCUCGAGAACCACAUACACGCUGGCUCAUUCCGCGAAGCCAUUAUUCUUGCAUUGCAACUUAAUCACCCCGGAAGGCUUCUCAACUUGUUCACGUCAGUUAUCACAACAAACAACCCUGAUAAGGGCAGCUUGAGUGGCCUAACUGCUGUGGACGAGGUACUGGGUACUCUAUCCGAUGAACAGAUUUUCAUGCUGCUUCUGAGGUUGCGAGAUUGGAAUACAAACGCGCGCACAGCUCAUGUAGCACAGAGAAUUUUGUGGACUCUGAUUCGCAGCUACCCUGCCUCCAAAUUCUCGAAUUUGUCUGUCAAGGGGGCUAAGGGACAGAAGAGCUUGAAGGACGUGUUGCACGCCAUUCGUGUGUACACUGAGAGGCACUACAAGCGUACCGAGGAGUUGGUUGAUGAGAGUUAUCUGGUGGAAUAUACCCUGCAGGAGAUGGAUGACCUUGCGCCAAUGCUUGAAGAUGGGAAUGGCCUGAUUAAGGAUGCGGGCGAAGAUGUUGUCAUGGCAGGAUAA